CCAAAAAUCUGAAUCCUGCACAUUUAAAUCGGAAAUCUCUGUGAAACCCACAAGAGCAACAAUGGCGACCAUAGAAACCUCCAGGGAGCCAGUUCCUCUCACGGCCCUCUCCCGCUGGUACCUCUACGCCAUCCACGGCUACUUCUGCGAAGUGAUGUUCACCGCCGCCUGGGAGUUUGUGGUCAACUGCAACUGGAAGUUCCCCGGCGUGACCAGCGUAUGGGCCCUCUUCAUCUACGGCACCUGCAUCCUCAUCGUGGAGCGAAUGUACUUGAGCCUGCGCGGCCGCUGCCCCGUGCUGCUGCGCUGCGUCAUCUACACGCUGUGGACCUACCUGUGGGAGUUCGGCACGGGUCUGCUUCUGCGCCAGUUCAACGCGUGUCCCUGGGACUACUCCGAGUUCCGCUACAACUUCAUGGGGUUGAUCACGGCCGAGUACGCCGUGCCGUGGUUCUGCGCCGCCUUCAUGGUGGAGCAAUUCGUCAUCCGCAAAACCUUGCGGCUGCGCUUUCACGAAGGGCCCGAGGACGGUUGGUCAAACCAUCGGCGUGACGCUGGCGGUGGAGGAGAAACUUUGGAGGGCAGCAGGCGUAGAGAACAAAGGCGGGGGAGUGGCUUUAGUUCAAAUGGCUGCCUUAAAGUUGAAUGAGCCAGGGAACAGGGGAUUUAGGGACUCUGUCAUACCUCUGUGACUCGCCACUGGCACUUUUUCAUAUGCAAUCUCACCCUUUAGUGCAUGGGAUAGAGAGCCAGAAGACGGUCUAACUAAGGCUUCAAAUCCCGAACCACUCGGUCUGUUGUUAGCUAAACAGAGACUAAUGGUGUUACUGUUAUAACUGCAUUUCACAUUGCAUUUAAUUAUUUUACCUGGGGCUUACCCUACCAAGACUGGGAUCUCAAAUAAUCUGGAUUAAACGCUAAAUCUCCUUCUUGGAGCUUGGAAUUUGGGAUUUAAAAAAAAAAAGCACUUUUUCAGAGAUUAGUGUUAUUUUUUUCUGUGAAACGACUUUUUCAGAAACAAAUACAGUAUUUCUGUUUUUCAAGUAUACAUCCAUCUUUGUGAGACCGGGAGUCUUGCUUCAAAAAAAUCUUGAAUUAAAGUACAGCAACCAUGGAGCAUCAUCGAGAGAUGUAAAUGUUGGUAUUUCUUAAAAUUCAAAGGAACGUUCCAAUGUGUAACAUUUGGGACAAUCUUUGGAGUUUCUUUGGAGAAGUGUGAAACCCAUAGCUGUUUUCAUUAUUAUAGAAUCAAAAUAUGUGCAAUUUUGUGGUAGUAGUUUAUAUUAGAGUUGCAUGAUCAAAUAUUUUAAUAAUUGAAUCAUCCUCUGGUUAAUCAAGAAAUAGAAGUUUCCAGCCCACAUGCGUAUCUCUUUACAACAGUUGAAUCAGUGAUUUACUGAUUAUAUAUAAAGAAAACUAAAUGCAAACAUACGUGUCUUUAUAUAAAAAAAAAGAUAUAACGGUCACCUAGGUCUUAAAUGUCCUGCUCCACAGAUAAGUUGUAAGGAUUCCUGUAGCAAGGUGAAGACUCUUGUUUAUUCCCGAGGUGCUAAUGUCUCAAAUAGAAACAGGUGAAACCAGAUAUCAAUGCACACUUUAUAAAAAGACUAGGAAACACUUUUUCUCACUAACUGAUAUUAAAUCAGACAAAAAUUAUCCUGCUUUAGGUCAGUUAGGAUUAUCAAAAUGAUUUCUACUUGCUAAGUGCCAGAAUAAUCAGUGAUUGAAUAUUCUAAAAAAUAUUUUUCCUAUAUUUUUCCUAUAUUUUUUCAGUAUAUUAUGUGCAUAGCAAUGCCUUUAAACAGAAUGACUUGCCUGGAACAUUACAGGUAUCCUUCCACGACUGCUCACGAUGGUUAGCUGGAGUUUUGGCUCCUCCUACCUGACAGAAUUGCUGUAAAUAAUCAAAUUUGUGGGCAGCCAUGCUCACAUACUCCUUUUUAGGUCUAGCACAGAUUUUCUAGAUCAGGGCUUUGCCACAGCCAAUCCCAAACACUGAUUUUCCUCACUUUAUAACUAAUUUGGAGGUAUGCUUACAAUCAUUGGCCGUUUGGGGCCCCCAUUUGUCUCUCAAGUUUUUACUUCCAUGCUGACUUGAGAUGUUACUGCAGUAUUUUCACACCAUGGUGCUGCCACCCCAGCAGUUCAUAGCUGGGAUGAUGUUUUCAAGCUUCCAGGUGUUCUCCUUUUUUAUCCCAAAAAAUAAUAUUUGUCAUUAAGGCCGAACAAUUGAGUUUUGGUUCAAUCAGGCCACAGGAUAUUUCUCUAAAACUCAAGGUAUCUGCCCUGGCCCUGACUGCAUUUGCAAACUGCACUCUGGUUUUUAGAGUUGCGGAGGUUCGUGGUUCUUUCCUUGAUGACUUUUCUGGUUUUGAUUUAAUUCAUGAUGACACACAAGGAAGCAAUGUUUUUAAUUAGCUGUCCUAAAAUAUAUGGCAAGGGAGUGCUAAGUUUUGAUUUUGUUUCAAUGUUGUGAAAUAACGGAUCAGAAACUUACAAAGCCACGACAUCAUUGUGUGGGCUUGGCAACUUUUAUUUAAAGGAAAAGUAAUUUUGAAUCUCUGAAUAUAAAGACCCUUAUUGACGUUGAUCUCUUUCAUCAUUCUGGUAUUUAGCGAAUAUAAAUAAUUUUUAGCAAUGCUAAUUGGCCUAAAGCAGGAAAUAUUUUGUCUAAUUUAACAUUAAAAAGUUAGAAAAGAAGAUUAGGUGUGUUAUUCAACAGUUUAUGUAAAUAUGUGGUUUCAGGUAUAAGGAAAAAUGACCUAAAACUCUGUGUCUGUGUUGCACCUGUCUUCAGAACCGACCCGUACCCUCAUUUUUUUUUUUUUACAUGACUGUACCAUUUGGUCCGGGACUACUUCCAUUUUGUACAGCUCUUGCCCAUGUGCUAAACCAUUAUGUCCCACUUCCAGGAAUUGUCUUGGCAGUUGGAUAUUUCUGAAUCUUACUUAGGAUUUAGUUAACUAUUAUUUUCUGAAGAACUGUGGUCCAAGUCAAAUUGAUGGUGGUGCUGAUCCCUCUUUGGGCCAGUUGACUUUAUUGAAAAAAGGAGAGAUUAUAAGCCAUGAUCAGACCUCCUGCUGUGUACCAGGACAAUUUCUGCAAUCAAGUCUUUUGAGUCGGUCGAUGAAGGUUACAAAAACACUUAGACCAAUGUUCCCCUGGCUGCAUUUUCUCCAUUACAUUCUGCAGCACAGAACCUUUGAGACUGUAUCCUCCUCCAGAAGCGGGGUUUUCACCACGAAACAUGCUUUCUUUUGCAUAGUCAGACGAACAUUAAACAAUGCAUGGAAAGACUUUCUUUCAGCCAUGUUCAAUCAGUAGCCAUAAUGUGUGUCUGCUGAAUCAUUCUGCUGCAUGUGUGAAUAGAAUGACAGUAGCAGAUGGUCGGGUUGCUAGUUAUCAGUGUGCGGUUUUCUCGUUGAAGUGUCCUUGAGCCACACGCUGAACCACCAACUGCAAGUAAGAAUGACAUGGCUUUGCAUGGCUGCUUUCUUGCUGUGUUUUUUGUGCAAAUGGACAUAUAUAUAUGUGUGUGUGUGAUUUUCUGGUAAACAUGGGGGCGACAUACAAAUCCAUUCCACUCAACAUCAUUUUUAAAACCUAUUCCUCAAGUCUGCAGUGACUGUGAGUCAUGGCCAUCAACAUAAAAGCCUCAUUACGAUUUUAUUGUCACGCUUUUCUAAAAUAAUCACAUGGCGUGUCUCUGUCUGCGUCGCUGCUGUGUAUGGCUCGAUGGCGUCUUCGACAUGACAAAGACAUAAUGGUCUCGUUAUGUAACAGUAAUUAGUGUAAAAACACCCACUUCACAAGGAGAAGUGUUCACAUCUUCCCUUUUUUCUCACAAUAACAAAACUUUUAUGUAUCUUAUUGAGGGUUUGCGUGAUAAACCAACACAAAGUAGCCACGCUUGCACAGGGGAUUUAAUAUGGCACACGGUAUUAGACCUUUUUUUUUUUAAAUCAAACAUCUGUGGUGGGUAUAUGUAUUCAACCCCCUUUACUCUGACACCACAAAGAGAAUCCAUUUGCCCUGAGAGGUGUGUGUGUGUCUGUGCAAUCAGAUCUCAGUGUAAAUAAAGCUGUUCUGCAUAGGCCUCAGACGCUUGUUAUAAAAUCAGGCAUCAUUUACCCUCCACCUCACAUGGGGGCUGAGUGCAGAUGCACGUCACACGUUUCAGAUUUAAACGUGGAAAAAUCAUGUGCUCCUUUGUGUUUAUCUGCCACAAGAAAUCACUAUUAGAACACAAUUUUGGUUUGUAGCUGUAAAGGGAUAAAAUAUCUAAAAGUUAUGUAACAAUAAAUGCUCUUGGAAGGCUAUUUCAAAAGUUAUUUCAAAAAUACCAUGGAAGUAUUUCCAAAUAAUAAAAAAAACAUGUACAUGCAAGAGAAGCAGAGGCAGUUACGAGCGACAUAUCAAUAGGAUUUAGCGGACAGGUGUUCGUGUUUGGUUGGGUUGAGUAUUAUCCUGUAAAAAUGAUGACGGCUUCAGUCAGUGCAUGUAUGAACGGCUCCAGUUAAAAACCUGUUAGACAAACUACUCCUCAGUACAUGUGUCCCUAUGAAAGAAUGGAGUGGGAACAAAUACAUAAAAUCAACACGUGUUUCAUAUUCAAUAUGUUAGAGCAAAAAAAAAAAAAAAAAAAGAAGGAAUCUACCCUUAGUCAGGUUUCCACAGUUCUACUGGACUAAGAGGACAUCGUGAUCUUCUCCAGUGUGGAUGCACAAAUGUUUCCCUGUGAGUGGCUCCCAUCUCAGCUGUAGAGAGCGGAAAGCUCCUCCACAUCUCCGAUGAAGUGCUGCCACCCAGUGGUCCACUAAACCUCCAGGAAACAGAAUGUUUUUGCACUUUUCACUGCUGCAUGCAUUUUCCAUUAGGCCAAAAAAGCAAUACAAUAGGUGCGAUUAUUCCCCCCAUUUUCUAAGAAAAUGUCUCUGCAUAAUUCAUAUGCGGUAAAUAUCUUAACAACUUGCUAACCCAAAUGUAUUCUCUGCAAUAUAUGUGUGUGAAAGUGUAUCGGUGAGUCAUAUAGCAUCUCUGAAUAUGUGCAUGUGGAAAAUGUUAACAGUAAGCCGGGUCUCUCGCGUUGUUUUUCCUUUUUCUUUUGAAUGUGCAUGUCUAAAAACAGCUCCACCAAACUCUAGACUGACCUGAUUGACCCUCGCCUUGUUCCCACUGGAUUUUACAGAAAGCUCUACUGUAUAUCACUAGUGAAUGACUUAUCAAUCUCCGAGGAACAAAUGUGAAAAAAAAAAGGUUUUUAAUGUGUGUGGGUGUGAGAACUGUGAAAUACGUGUAGAAUGCAUUUUUACAUAAUUUAUUGAAAAAUCAUUGCUACUGACCCCCAUGAAUUAAAAAUUAAUAUCCUG